AAAAAAAAAAAAAAGGAAUUUGAUUCCAGCCCUCCUGGAUGACUUGGAGGGGUUCAAGACCUCAGUGAAGGAAAUAACUGGAGAUGUGGUGGAAAUAGAAUGAGAACUAGAAUUAGAAGUGGAGCCUGAAGAUGAGACUGAAUUGCUGUCAUCUUAUGAUGAAGUUUUUAAGAGAUGAGGAAGUGCUUCUUACAGAUGAGCAAAUAAUUUCUUGAGAUGGAAACUACUCCUGGUAAAGAAGUUGUGAACAUUGUUGAAAUGACAACAGAGGAUUUAGAACACUUCAAAACUUAGUUAAUAAAGUAGUGGCAUGGUUUGAGGGGACUGACUCCAAUUUUGAAAGUUCUACCAUGGGUAAAAUGCUGUCAGACAACAUCACAUGCUACAAAGAGGUCUUUUGUGAAAGGAAGAGUUCAUCAAUGCACAAAAUUGAUUGUUGUCUUAUUUUAGGAAAUUGCCACAGUCACCCAACCUUCAUUAACCACCAGCCUGAUCAGUCAGCAGCCAUCAACAUUGAGGCAAGACCCUCCACCAACAAAAAGAUUAUAACUCAUUGAAGUCUCGGAUGAUCAUUAGCGUUUUUUGGUAAUAAAGUAUUUUCAAUUAAAGUAUGUAUAUCUUUUUUAAGACAUAGUGCUAUUGCACACUUAAUAGAGCAUAGUUUAGUAUAAACAUAAUUUUUAUAUGUCUUGGAAAACCAACAAAUUAGUGUGACUGGCCUUAUUGCAAUAUUCUUGUAUUUUGGUGGUCUAGAAUUGAAUGCACAGUAUUAUGGAAGUAUGCUUGUAUUUCAUAGCUGCAUGCCCUUAUAUUUUUGUUUUUCUAAGCUGCAGAAUGUGAAAUUUCAAAGCUGCUGCUUCUUUCUACUCGAGGGAAAACAAGGCUCAUCCUCCUGGCAUGCUUGGGUUUGGACUUAUUCUGAUAGCAUCUGCUCAUGAACGCCUCCCUUGGUGCUUCCUUGAAGACGAUCCUGUCUCUUUCCUUCAUCUCACUGUAGUUGUGUCAGGAAGAACAAAGUGAGCCCAAGAUGGCAUAGACGGUCCUAUUCAGAGAAGAGCCAUAAAAGAACCUACAGAUUUACUCUCACUACUAAUUUUUUUAAAUAUGACUUCCCUUCCAGUUUUCUAAAAUGAUACAAUUUCUUCUUGGGACUUUCACGAAUGGCAUCAUUGUGGUGGUGAAUGGCAUUGACUUGAUCAAGCACAGAAAAAUGGCUCCGCUGGAUCUUCUUCUUUCUUGCCUGGCGGUUUCUAGAAUUUUUCUGCAGUUGUUCAUCUUCUACAUUAAUGUGGUUGUUAUCUUCUUGAUAGAAUUCAUCACGUGUUCUGCGAGUUGUGCAUUUAUCGUAUUUGUAAAUGAAUUGGAACUUUGGCUUGCCACAUGGCUCGGCGUUUUCUACUGUGCCAAGGUUGCCAGCGUCCCUCACCCACUCUUCGUCUGGUUGAAGAUGAGGAUAUCCAAGUUAGUCCCGUGGAUGAUCCUGGGGUCUCUGCUAUAUGUAUCUGUGAUUUGUAUUUUCCAUAGCAAAUAUACAGGGUUUAUGGUCCCGUACUUCUUAAGGAACCUUUUCUUCCAAAAUGCCACAAUUCAAAUAGAAGUUAAACAGGCUAUACAGAUUUUCUCUUUUGUUGCUGAGCUCUUAGUGCCAUUACUUAUCUUCCUUGUUGCUGUUCUGCUCUUGAUUUUCUCUCUGGGGAGGCACACCCGGCAAAUGAGAAACACAGUGGCUGGCAGCAGGGUUCCUGGCAGGGGUGCCCACAUCAGCGCGUUGCUGUCCAUCCUGUCCUUCCUGAUCCUCUACAUCUCCCACUACCUGAUAAAAGCUUUUCUCUCUUCUCUAAAGUUUCAUGUCAAAAGGUUCGUCUUUCUGUUCUGCAUCCUUGUGAUUGGUACAUACCCUUCUGGACACUCUCUCAUCUUAAUUUUAGGAAAUCCUAAAUUGAAACAAAAUACAAAAGAGUUCCUCUGCCACAGUAAGUGCUGUCAGUGAGAGAGAACUUUGAUCAGUUUAUAGAACCCAUGAUUUAAUGAUUUACCCACGCCGGCCACACUUCCCUCAGCCAGACAAAGCAGCCUGUUUAUAAAUAUACAACACAUCCCCUUCAGGCUGUUUAUCCAGCCUGAGGUAUUUUUAUGGAUUUGCUACUUUUUCAAGCAGUUAAACUGAUUUUGAAAGCACAACAUAUGUUGAUGGAUUACAUCAAUGUCAAUAUCCUGGUUGUGAUAUUGUACUAUCAUCUUGCAAGUUGUUACCAUUGGGAAAACUGAGUAAAUGAUCCAGGGUCUUUCUGUAUUCCUUCUUACAAAUGCAUUCAUAUCUACAAUUAUUUCAUAGUUAAAAGUUUGGUGAAAAAGAAAAGCACAUGUUUGAACUUGUGAUAUCAGAAGGACACAUGAAUGCUGUAUGGUCCAUGACUCUCUGACGCCUAGUCUUCGAUGAUUUAUCCUGACCUUAACGGGCUGACUGUUCAUUUCUAGUCUACCUGGAUAUUAUUUCUGCUCUGUUUGUUGGAGUUGCAGGCAAUGGAGCCAUUCUUUCUCCUCAGAUCACAAACGAAGCAAAGACAAGCAGGCCUUCUCCAUCCUUAUAAGCAUAUUCUACUACUUCAUUCUGCAGAGAGUCUAGAUGCCAUGGUGACAUGGCCAAUCAAAGGAUAAAGGGGAAGACAGAUGGAGGAGGAGGAGGAUGAGUCGAAGGCUGAAUGCCUGUUUUCCAUUUCUCCUAGCUGUGCACUCUGAACAGACAAUAACUUGCAAAGAUGUUUUACUUUGUAUUUGUGUGCCUGACUUUGAGACCCUUUCAGCCAAGGGUGGAAAUUUGGAACUUCUCCUGCAUUGCAUGUCUUCCCAAUGAAGCAACAUCAGUAGGUGGUUGGGGCUGGGGGUGUCUCCAUCUGCUUGAAGUCACAUAUGCAUUUUCUCUUUGGUUGAGAUUUUGAAUACUAAGAGAUAGAUAGAUAGAUAGAUAGAUAGAUAGAUAGAUAGAUAGAUAGAUAGAUAGAUAGACAGACAGAUAGAUAAUUAUGGAGAUAGAUAUACUUAUGUAUUUCCAAAGCAGCUUCAGAACCAUUUUGCUUCCAGACAAGUAAAUGAAGCAAAAAAUGUUCUCAAGCUUAGCUGUAACUUGUAGUUCAGGUGCGAUGAUGCAAAGUAGGUUUAGGUUUAGAUUUGCCCAUCACCAGUAAUAGGAACCCAAAUACAGCUUUUCUAACCCAAGCCAUACAGGCCUGGUUAUAAUACACAAAUGAAGGAUUUAGCUUCAGAAGAUUCAGGGGCAUACUUAUCUUCUUGGGCAUGGGAACUAAGCUCUGAGUGUACUCUCAACUUCCCACGGGUUUCACACUUCAUUCCCCAAGGAGCAAAAUGUCAGCCUCCAUCUUCCUGCUAUUUCAUUUUCCCACAUCCCACUAGGUAGGAAGGUUUGUAGCUAAUCACGCACUCAGGAAGCCAACUGUGGGAAGAUCAGUUGUAUCCUGGAUGUAAUUAUUGCUUCUGAUUGGGGGAAAGGACAAAGAAAAGUCAGUUUUAUUUGUCUCAAGUUCAGAGAAUAUCCUGUUCCUUGAACCUGUGAUAUGUGUACCUGAAAGAGUGGGAGCAAUUUCAAACAUUCAGGGAGAAAUUUGUCAUGAUACAAGUCUCAUGCGUUUUUUUUUUCUUCUGAUAUUAAAUUCUGAUUCUAUUUCAUGCAACUCCUGCUUUAAUAAUGUUAGCUAAUUAGAUAACUAUUAAGGAUGACUAGGUUCGUAUACUGUUAUCAAGAAAUGCUUUAAAAAGAAUUCAUAAUAAAACAAACUAUUCUAAAAA